ACCAAAAGAUUCCUAUCACCGGAUGUUGAUUUUUAAUGGCGGACGGUGGUCGUAGCAUAGAACGCUGCAGUAAUGUCACAGAAAUUAAAACGGCCAUCCUCUGCAAGAAGGCACAUAAAACUUGAUACAUUUUCAUCAUUUGUCAGUGGGUCCAGAUUAAGGACAGUUCAGGAGUUACUGAAAUCCGAAGAUCAUGACAACAAGCCAGAUGCCAUUCUCUGUAUUGCAGGAAUAGACAGUCGUUAUCAUGAAGGAAGCACAGAGUUCAUUGAUUACCUAUUAUUUGGAUUCUUUGAACGGAGAAAGGCAGAGCUUGAACAAUCUGGUUUUGAGGAAGAAGUUAUUGAUGACAUUGUAGAUCAAAUUAACUUGAUAUUGCUGAUCAGAAGACAUGAAGUGGACAUAUACUGUAACCCUAUCAAUUAUCACUACCUCUUACCAUAUGUGGCACACUGGAGGAAUCUACGAUUUCACUGCUUGUCAGAUUCAGAGUAUGAAGAUGAAGAGGCUGCAGAGGAAUUUAAAAUCCAGUCCUUUAUAGCCAUGGUACAGGGUGUGAAGAAAGUUGGUAUCCCCCAUAAUGUGCUGGGGCACCCUGCUAAAUUUGAUCACAUGAUGAUUGAGAAAUGGCCUAUCAUCCAAGCAUAUGCAUUAGAGGAUUAUAAAGGAGGUGGAUUCUUCACAUUGCAAUAUGAGGUGGUUGAUGUUGGACCACAACUUUCUAACAUUUACAGUCUUAUGGAUCCUUGUGCUAUGGAAGUUCUCCUUACUGAGCAAAUGACCCAGUUUGAAAGACAAUGGCAGACCUUGAUAGACAAUCUGAACAUCAACAUAUCUACUGGGAUAGGCAGACUUACAGAGAACAAAGUGUGCGAGCCCCUUUGGAGUUAUUUUAAACAUGGAAAAGUAGCAUCCCAGGAAACCAAUACCAUAGAAAGACAGAGACAGCCCUUUGUUUUGUGUGGGACAAACAGUCGACGCAUUGUACUAGAUGAUGUCCGACGCUGCAAAACAACAGUUAAUUCAGAAAUCUCUCAAUGUGGUGUCAACAAUGGACCUCCAAAGUUUAUGGUGUGUCAUGGGAUAUCUCCAAGAGGCCCACUUUGUUGCACUAGAACAUAUUUCUUUAACAACGAGGAAAACCAGCAUGGUGCUAAAUCCACACUGCCAAAGAAAGCAGACGGCAAUAACCCAGCAGACGGCAAUGGUCCAGCAGACGUCAGCUCAGCCAAGGAAGACCAGGAUAAAAAGAUGCUUGUUGAUAUGUACUCCAUAAUGAUUGACAGUGUGUUAGAGGGAAUUAAACAGUAUUCAAAGACUCUCAGUGUACACAAGACUCGUGCCAAAGUGGUGGAUCUGAUUUGUGAGGGGUGUAGGGCUUACCCUGUCCUUAGCAAAUAUAUUCAAAGAAGAUCAGACAUUGUGUUUACAUUGGAGGCAUAUGAUCAGGAUGGAAGGAGCCUACCAGUGGAGGAGGGGAGUCGUAGCCUCUUGUUGAAGUCAACCAGUGUUUGUCUGUAUGAUGUACCGAGUACACUCAUUCCGGGGAAAACCCUGGGCUCUCUUGUGUUCUCCGAAGUCUUCCAAGACUCGGUCAUCUCUGUGCAGAAGGAAGAUGGGACUCUAGAACUUAAUGGAGAGAGCUUAAUUCUAACUUCAAUCAUACCGAGAUACAGGAGCUGGCCACUUGUUAGUAAGGUGGAGCCUUCUGGUUUUCUACAUAACCUUACACAGUAUGGUCGCCUGUUGUGUCCCGGGGAGACAUUUAGAGUUUGUACAGAUCAGAGUCUCACACUGCCAGUCACGGAGGUGGAACUGUUUGCCUAUGAGGCUGCCAUAGUCCUUGUGUUUCAGAGAGCCAACAUUUUGCUUCUGGAUAAAGAUAACAUUAAAUCAAUGCAGAUGUAUGUUGGAGAAUCUUCAGAUGCUGUUUCGGUACUUAUGGUGGAAGUUUUGCCAUCCACCAGUAUCCCAGCAUUCCUACAGUCAGAGAGAAACAUCAUAUACAUCUCAAUGUUCCCAAAGUCUAAGGCCAAAUUAACUCUUUUCCAAGAGGUAUUACCUGAGUGGAAGUCACACGGCAUUGUGCCACAUGUGGACCCCACAGAAAGCAUCCCAGAAUCCUUCCAUCCAAUUGCCAAGCAAUUACAGCUAGAAUUUGAGAGCGAGCAUCAUCCAACCACAGCCUACCAUCACAUCAGAGGAAAAUUCACAAAUCUUGACAGAUUCAUGACUCAUUUUAGUGUUAGUAAUGUGACCUCACUUCCUGUUACAUCAUUACCCAUCAUGCUUCAGGAGGCUGAGGAUGUGGAAUAUAGUCUAGAUGAAGACAGGGUAACCAACGAAACAUUCAGUGGGAUCACUGUGACAGUGAUUGGGGGAAUUCCAGGAAGUCAUAAAGAACAGCUGUGUGACACAUUGCUGUACCUCACAGAAGGUCACAUCAGAUGGACAGUAUUGAAGCAAGUAGCCGGGGACACAAAAUCCCUAAUCAAUGGUGAAUUACAGAACACACUGUCUAAAAUGUGGAAUUCCAUGAGACGUCGACUCAGUUCAUCAGAGACCAGUAACAGACUUCUCCUUGUCACUCCAGGGUAUACAGAUAUAAUAGAUGUGUUAUGUGCCAUUAUGAAUCACCCCAAUCCAGAUGUACAGCAGCAUGUCCGUAUUGGGUCUGUGACAGUUUGCAUUGAUCCCUUCAUUUCAUUCAUGGAACAUAGAAUAACAUUCCCAAAUCUACUGAACCAGUGUGCUCAAGGCUUUGUCAACAACAUUCUGAUUACCUCUGCUACCUCCAUACAACAGAAUUCUAGUCUAGAAGAAAUCCAGACCUUGUUACGCAGUGUCAAUCCUGAUGUGGCAUUCUUCCUUGCCGAAAAGGGAAAUGUGAAAAGGAGUAUGGAUGUGGAUGCCAUUUUGUCCGAAACAGCUUUUAUGGAGAACAAGAAAGUGAGAGCAAGAGAAAUGCUUUGUCCAGGAUGGUCCCAGGGACUGUACAAGACUCCUCCUCUCUCCUUCACCAUGCAGGACACAGAGCUGACCUUCUCACAACCUCUAGUGAGGAAUGUCUUCAUUAACAAGCUCAGGGGACUGAAAAGCCAGUUGACCCAUUAUCCAUUCUCAGGAAACAUCUUUUUGGUGCAAGGAUGUGUGUCCUUUACAGAUUCAGAGGAGUUGAUGGAUGUUCAGUACAAUGUGAAAUCUGACCACCUGGCAGUGACCAAACACACAGACAAGCCGAACAUCAAUGGUGACGGUCAUCACCUCUCUCAUAAUAAGUACUGCCUGGUCUUCACUGGACCCAAGUUACAGGUCAACAAGAUCAAAGACUGGCUUAGGACUUGUGGAAGACAGAAACCAGAGCUGAAGAAAGUGAUAACAAAGAAAGACCUGACAAAAGAGGAAAUCAAAAAGAUUCAUAAACAGCACCAUUUGGAUCCAUUGCCAGCUGGGUGGUUCUACAAUGGAACACAGUUUGUCAGUUUUGAUGGAGAAAAACAGGAUCUGCAUCCAAGUCUGGAGACUUUUAUCCAAGAAUACAUUGACAUUAAGAACAAAGAAAUCCAAGAAUUCAAUGACACAGUGAGAAGGAAUGCCAGUCAGUAUGUGGAUCUGUUUGCCUGAAUUAAGGACCCGGAAUGUUUCACUUACCUUGACAUUUUUUUACCAUUACCAACUGACCCCAUUCCCCCAUUUUCUGGAAGAUUGUGAUGGAAGACAGAUCUGUUAUGUUAUUGUUGGUUGAUGCUUGUGUUGUUUUUGUGAAUUAAUUUUAUGAAUGGAAUUCUGUAAGAUUUGAUGAUUCUGAAUUCAUUGUGUGUUUGCUAAUUGGCAUUAGAAUACAUUGUAUUUGAGUGCUAUAAGGAAAAUUUGAGAUGUACAUGUUUUCAUUGUCAUUUCAAAGUUUAUUCUUUUUUGCUAAUCAUUCCGUGUGCUUCUUCAAGAAAUCCAUCAUUAUUUAGGCAUUUAAUGCUAAAAUUGUUACUGCUUUAUUUCAUAAUAUGAAAACAUGCAAAAACUAGUUUUCUAGCUGAUUACAUUGUUUAUUUUCAUGUGUGAUACUGCUUUAUAUAUUUCUUUUUGCAAUUUAAAUAUCUUAAUGUUGUAUAACCAAGCACAUCCAUCCAAUUUAUAUACAAGAAUAUUCAUCCAAAAAUGAGUGAUAUUUAGUGUAAUCACUUGAACAAGAUUUUUUUUAUUUUAUUAUUAUUGUUAUAAAGCUUUUUUUUCUUUUUAUAAAUUGAAAAGUGAUAUUUAGAUAAGAACAUGUUUGAAUGUACAUGUAUAUAUUUAAAUUUAGAUACAUCAGAUAAAAAAGCAAGAAAUAUUGGCUAUUCUUGAUUUGAACUAAAGUGCUUGUUCUUAUAGAUAUUUUCAUGCUCAAUACUUCUAGAUCUCUGUCAAAUCUGUAUUUAAAAUCAUCUACCUUAACUAAUUAAAACAAAAUUACUAGGUAAACUGAAAAUUCAUUAAGAAGUGCUGGUACAUAAUUUAUUUUAAAAAUUCUAUUGCCUCUGGCUUCUUCCUUAAAAUUAGUCCGAUCGAGACAUAGAGAGUGACAUUAGUGUGUUUCAAUAUAUCUUGAAAUCCUCAAAAAGAAAUAUCAAACACAUGUUCAUAUUUAUUAUUUGUUGCAUAAUGUUAAUGUAUUGUAAUUGAAAUGCAUUGAAGCAUUGUUUGGAAAAUGAAAUAUUUG